GCUAUAAUAUCACAUUUCUUCCUCAUAUUGUUUGGCUUUCACAUUACGUAGCAUAGGACAUUCUGUAAUUCCAUUGUAGAGAAUAUCGAAUCUGAACUUCUACUUCUACAGGGCCUGGAUUUCAGUUUUUGACAUCUGUAACUAAAACCGUGUCAAAAUAACGAGUUGGGCUCUUUCUAUUGGAGUUCUAAUUGGCCGCAGGAAUGGAUUCCAGGCGAAAUAAUUUUAUGAGGUUUCAAAGUUGGAGUUCGGAGAAAUCUUCCAGUUUUGAGCAUCAACAUUCCACGAACGAUCGAAAAAAUGCAAGAAACAGUUCUAGACCCACAUUUGGCAGAGUUUUUAAGAAGACUAAAAUCUUUGACCCUCAGGAUCAAUUUGUUCAAACAUGGAACAAAAUAUUUGUGCUUUCUUGUGUGGUAUCAGUGGCUUUGGACCCACUCUUCUUUUACACCCCAGUUUUGAAGGUGUAUGAGGAGGAGCAAUGCUUACUUUAAUUUGGAUCGGACAAAACUCUCGAGAUUAUUGCUUCUGUUCUUCGUUCAGUCACAGAUGCUUUUUAUGCAAUACAUAUAUACUUUCAGUUUCGAACUGGGAUUAUCCCACCUUCAUCUCGUCAUCAUGUGUUUGGAUGGGGAGAGUUGAUUGUUGAUCCUAAGGCAAUCGCAAAGAGAUAUCUGUCCACAUACUUCAUUAUCGACAUUCUGGCAAUCCUUCCCUGCCCACAGGUGGUAGUACUUUUAGCGUCGAAAAAGGAAACGCCAAUGGUGACGAAGGAAUUGUUGAAGUUAGUAAUCUUCUCCCAAUAUGUGCCGAGGCUUUUACGGAUCUACCCGCAAUAUGUAGAAGUAAUUAGGACCUCUGGCAUUCUGAUUCGGACAGCAUGGACUGGAGCUGCUUAUAAUCUUUUCCUCUACAUGCUAGCUAGUCACGUAGUUGGAGCCUUUUGGUACUUGUUUGGCACAGAAAGACAGGCUUCCUGCUGGAAAAAAAUGUGCAGUAACAUUACAGGUUGUCCAGAUAAAGGUUUUUACUGCCGUGAUGAUAACCAGAGUAGUGAACGUGGCUAUUUGCAUAAUAUUAGUCGGUUUUGCCGUAUUGUCGAACCAUAUGAUCAGAAGGGAAACUCAACUAAUGAGGCCUUCGACUAUGGAAUAUUUACUAAAGUUUUGAAGUCUGGAGUGGUGGAAUCAAAAAACUUUUUAGACAAAUCUUCUUACUGCUUUUGGUGGGGAUUGCGUAGUCUGAGUUCUCUUGGCCAAAACUUGGAUACAAGUACAUAUUUCUGGGAGAUAGUCUUUGCUGUUUCCAUAGCCAUCGCUGGGUUGGUCUUAUUCUCAUUACUUAUAGGCAAUAUGCAGAAAUAUCUGCAAUCCCUGCAAUCCACAAUAGUGAAAAUAGAAGAAAUGAGAAAAAGGAAGACUGAUGUUGAACAGUGGGAACAGUGGAUGUCCCAACGUAUGCUCCCUGAAAACUUAAGGAAGCGGGUUAGACGAUAUGAACAGUACAAGUGGCUAGAAACAAGAGGUGUGGAUGAAGAGAAUCUCUUCCGUAACCUUCCUAAGGAUCUCAGAAGGGACAUAAAGCGCUAUCUUUGCCUUGAUCUUCUUAAGAAGGUACCCAUGUUCGCAAAGAUGGAUCAACAACUAUGGGAUCCGCUGGUUGAUCGUCUCAAGCCAGUACUUUACACACAAUUCAGCUACAUUGUUCGUGAAGGGGAUCCAGUGGACGAGAUGCUCUUUAUCAUGCGAGGAAAUCUAACCACUUUCACUACCAAUGGUGGAAUAAUUGGUUUUUUCAACACUGCUAUUCUUAAAGCCGGUGACUUUUGUGGAGAAGAGCUUCUUACUUGGGUCCUAUUUGACCAGUCCUCGACCACAUUCCCCCUUUCAACAAGAACAGUGAAGGUAAAUACAGAGGUUCAAGCCUUUGCUCUAAUGGCGGAGGAUUUGAAGACUGUGGCUUCUCAGUUUCUGAAACUUCACACCAAGGAGUUGCAGAACACUUUCAAGUUCUACUCCCAACAAUGGAGAACAUGGGCGGCCUGUUUUAUCCAAUCAGCUUGGCAUUGCUACUCUAAGAAGAAACAUGAGAGGACUUUGCGUGAUGCUGAAAAUAGACUGCAAUUUUCUUUGGCAAAUGAAGCUGGGACCUCGGCAAGUCUCGGUGCAACUAUUUAUGCAUUAUGGUUUGCUGCCCAUUUACUUCGAGCCUUGCGACGACCAAACGGUGGACGCACCAGUACCAGAGCGCCACAAAGAGUGCCAGAGCUAAUGCCACCGAAGCCUGCUGAGCCAGAUUUCAGUGCUAAUCAAGGUUAAUAAUUAGUAGUAUAUAUGGCAUUUGAAGUGAUUAUCACGCAAGUUUAGUUUUCACGAACCUUGUUCAUGCGCAAGCGUUUUCUAUAUAUGGGCCGUAUGUGGUGUGUAACAUGUACUAAGGAAACUUCCAUCUUUAAAUUUUACAGCCAUGUGUUCAGGUUUCUAUAA